AAGUAUACUUGCAGAAAAAUACUCAUACGUGCUAUAACCUUGUACAUUAUAGGAUUAAAGGCACAGAGCGACUUCAAAACUGAAGAUUCUUUGUUCCUUAAGCGACAGAGGCGGCGGGUAAUUUUACGGCCACUUCAGGUCUCCAAAAGAGAUUCAUUCUUCAUACCAUAGCAACAUGCACCUAAACAACACCAAAGCAACCAUCAGCUCUUCCAACGCAACACUUUAUUGCCAGUACGCACCUGACCUAACGUGGGACUCAAAUACCUCCACUUUUCCAUGGAUUAUAGCCGUUUUCAUACUCAUUGCUUCACCCCCUACCAUUCUUUUGAACGCGAUGGUGAUCGUAGCCAUAAAGCAAAAGAAAGAGCUACAAAGGCCCUCAAGAAUUAUGUUAUCAAGCCUGGCUGUUACAGAUCUUCUAAUUGGUGCUAUAGUAAUGCCGUUAUCUGUCACUGUUAAUUUCUUAGUAGCGCGUCAAGUUUCGUUUGAUCAUACAUGCAUGUUACUCUUGGUGAAUCCUAACUUAAUGCUGUUUGCCUUCCUGGCUACCUUAAAUCACUUGACGAUUAUUGCUUGGGAGAGGUACGUUGCGAUACAAAAAUGGAUGGACUACAAGUUUACCAUCACAAAUGGCCGCCUCAAAAAACUGGCGAUAGCCGCCUGGCUCUCAGCUCUCCUCGCAGCGCUUCCAAUCUUUAUAACCAUCGUAACCGGUGGGGAUCGUAAAAUUGUGAUAGGCUUGUUUAUGAUGUGGACUUGUGUGGUAGUAACCCUUUUGAUACUCAUAACAUAUUUUUAUCUUAAGGUAUAUCUCGGAAUGCGCCAACAUAAAAUAGACCAAAUCCGCAAAGCUGGAGUCGCCGUUCUCGUGAAUGUGAAGCUUGAAUCCAAAGUUGCCAAGACGACUGGCUUGCUAACUGCUGUAGCAAUAUUCUCCUUUAUCCUAUUUCCUCUUUGUGCCAUUUUGCGAAGCGCUGUUCCAGGCUUGCCUGGAUAUCUCGCUUACCGGCUCACAGAGGCAGUGACGCAGUUGAACUCUCUAUUUAAUCCUCUGCUUUAUUGUUAUAGAGACAGCCAUUUCAGGAAUGCUAUUCGCGAGCUUUUACACAUAAAGAAGCCUCAAACAAUCCAGCCAACAGUUCCUGCCGUUCCAUUUCCCAGGCAAAGGGAUCUGUUUGGGUCGGCAGAGCUGGACAACGUGGAAAAACCUUCUCCGCGUGUAGCACUAUCGGGAUCCUGCAAUCUCCCGCUGGUUUUAGACUCUGCUAAUAGAACACCAAGUGAAGCCAUAUUGAAGAAGUCGUCGUCUGCUCCCCAGUUGAUAAAUGCAGCAGCUCCUUAGUUGAAUGGCUUAAAGUUGCAACAACCAAUUUUUAUCGUGGCAACCACUGCAGCAAUCCAUGCUGAUAGUGGCAAGCAAAAUAAAGCGAGAGAAAACAAUCCUCAAAGUGUGGAAGAUGCUAAGAAGCCUGUUGUUGCACCACAUCUAAUUAGGAAUAUUAGUCAAGAUCGAAAUCCAGAAACGAUAUAAGUAUUUCCAACGUGAAAUUUGCUAAUCUCGAGCAUUUCGAAGCGGAAAGACCCAAGGCCCAAAAGAAAGACCCAGAACAGAGUUAUUGGUCCCAGUUAAAGCAUCGACGGUCCAGACAAAAGGUGCGAAUGGCAGUAGCAGGUCAUAGAACAUGAAAAAACGCAUACUACCUAAUGCAAAGAUUUUACUUAAUUUGUGAUUCAAGACCCAAAUUGAUCAUUACCCGGAUCACAUGUAGCCAGUGGCUCAUUGAUCCGUCUAAAACGCAUGAUGCUGUGCGUAAUGCUGUCGAUUAACAGCUUGGGGUUGUUUUUAAUUCCCCUUUCGACUCCAGUUCUUGGACUGUGUGCAUUUGCCCAGCUGGACUUGACCAAUCUCGUUCCAGAGGCCACGAAUUGUUAAGGCCAAUACCGAGAACCGACACUUAUAGGAGGAACUGGAGGGUUAGCCAGCAUUAAGCCCAGUUUAAACAUCGAGUUUUACAUGCGCCGAGCCUGAUAUUAAGUAUAAUAGAACGGCACAAAUUCGACUUGGACUCAUAACUACCUAUUAAUCGAGCGCGAGGUCUUCAUGAGCAAAAUCUCAAACCGAGACCUCGGCGAGGCAAGGCCGAGGCAAGGCAAGGCAAGACCUUGGCAAGGCAAGGCCGAGGGUUGAGAUUUUCCCAUAAAGUUCGGACGUUCGACGUUAAUAACUUGUUUAUUGUAUGGCUUUUUGCUUUGCUUUUACGGUCCCAUAACUGAAUCGUGGGCAUUACGGGAGAAUAAUGCCUUAGAAUUUGCCAAUC